AUGAACGUCAUCUACUACGCAAGUAGAACGCUAGAUGAUGCUCAAACCCGUUAUGCGACGACCGAGAAAGAAUUGCUUGCCGUAGUGUUUGCUUUUGAUAAGUUCAGGAGCUACAUUGUGGGAUCAAAGAUGGGUUCUCUUGCUUCAAGAGUUCGAUAUCGAGAUCGUGACAAGAAAGGCACCGAGAAUAGCGUGGCCGAUCAUCUAUCGAGAUUGAGGAUUGAGGGAGAUGUUCCCAUCGAUGACUCUUUGCCAGAGGAGCAACUCAUGGCUGCUAAGAUCGUGGAUAGAGGCUAUUUGACCAAGUGCCGGCUGGAAGCAAGAGGAGAAGAGGUUCCUGAAAAGGGAAUGAUAACUUGUUCAGAAGAUGUGUGGCUAAGGAAGGAAGUUGAGGGAAUCUUGUUCCAUUGCCACGGGUCAAGCUAUGGAGGCCAUUUUGCGGUUUUUAAAACGGUCCAGAAGGUGUUGCAAGCAGGCAGGGAACAUCACGGCAGGAACGAGAUGCCUCAGAAUCCUAUCUUGGAAGUUGAAGUGUUUGACGUAUGGGGAAUAGAUUUUGUUGGUCCAUUCAACCCUGCCUCUCACGGCAACUUACAUCUAGUCGCCGUUGACUAUGUCUCAAAAUGGGUGAAGCAUAGCCGCACCAACCAACGAUGCCAAAGUGUCCUCAAGCUGUUCAAGACUAUAAUCUUUCCCAAGGUUUGGGUUCCAAGAUGUGUGAUCAGUGAUGGAGGAUCUCACUUUGUGAACAAGGUGUUUGAGAACCUUUUGAAGAAAUAUGGUGUGAAGCACAAGAUAGCCACACCAUACCACCCUCAAACUAGUGGUCAAGUGGAGGUAUCUAACAAGCAAAUCAAAGCCAUACUCCACAAGACAGUGAACUCAUCAAGGAAGGACUGGUCAGAGAAGUUGGAUGAUGCUUUGUGGGCUUACAGAACUGCUUACAAAACGCCAAUUGGGAGAUCUCCAUACUCUUUGAUCUAUGGGAAGUCUUGUCCAUUUACCUCUUGA